CUCACGGCGCUGCUCACCAUACAGCCCGGAAUGUUACAAUAAGUGCUCUCACCAUUCGAUCUUUGAGCUUCUCCCUCACCAGCUGUGAUCUCGCAGCUUCCAUAAGCAUGGCCAACCCUUCAUCCCGCCAUGUCUCGAUAGCUCCUCUCCUGAAAAAACUUUCCGCACCCUCACCACAAGACAAUAACGUCAACGCCGAAGACAUUGCUCUCGCCUUCUCGCGAACCUUCGAAGACCAACUCAAUGGCACACAACUUUCGGCUCUUCUGACGCUACUCCACUCGACCGGCAAAGAUAGACACCCCGAUGUCAUCGCCCGCUGCGCAGCUAGCAUGCGCGAUGCCGCGGUUCAAGUCAACAAGCCGCAACUCAAGAAGGUGAUUGGCAAGAGGAAGCGCUCCCUGGGUAAAUAUAAUGGCGGACUAUGUGAUAUCGUGGGCACAGGGGGAGACGCACAUUCCACUUUCAACAUCUCUACGACAUCCUCGAUUAUUGCAUCGCCUAUACUCAUGAUGGCCAAGCAUGGCAACCGAGCGCAGACAUCCAUGUCCGGCUCUGCGGACGUCCUUAAUGCUAUCUCUCCUAGACCUCCGAAAAUCGAAGCUCUCCAAGCCGAGAAUCUUCCCGAGGCGUACGAGCAUACAAAUUACACGUUUUUGUACGCACCGAAUUUUCAUCCAGGCAUGAAGUAUGCUGCAACAGUGCGGAGAGAGCUCGGUCUUAGGACGAUUUUCAACUUGAUGGGUCCGCUUGCGAAUCCUGUCGAGGAUCAUAUCGAGGCGAGAGUUGUCGGUGUGGCAUAUCAACAAUUGGGACCCGUGUUUGCGCAGGCGCUCCAGUUUUCGGGCGCGACGAAAGCCAUGGUUGUUUGCGGCCAGGAAGAUCUUGAUGAGGUCAGCUGCGCGGGCAAGACAAACUGCUGGCUGCUUAGGCAAUCAGAGAACCCGAAUUACAGAGGUGACCGGGAUGAAGAUGAUGAAACGAGUGACGACGAACCGCCGCCCAAGUAUGUGGCUAAGAUUGAGACUUUUACUAUCGAGCCAGCGGAUUUUGGGCUUCCGUCGCAUCCACUGUCUGAAGUCGGAGGUGGGAAAUUGCCCAAGCAGAAUGCCUCAGUAUUGAUGAGCAUUCUGCACAACGAGAGACCGCCGGACGAUCCGAUAUUACAUUUCGUCCUAAUGAACGUUGCUGCGCUGUUUGUCGUGAGUGGCGCUUGCGAAGCAGAUACCUGUCCCACAGGCGAAGUCAUCAAGGAGAGAGGCCCAGCUGGCGAGAGGUGGAAAGAGGGCGUGCGGAAAGCAAGGUGGUGCAUAGAGAGUGGAAAGUCCCUGGAAGAGUUUGAAAAGUUCAUAGAGUUCACCAACCGGCUGUAGGCAGACCGAGUCAUUGAAAGUUAUUCCUGC